AUUCCAUUGAACAGCUAAUUUCUGCAAGCUCCUCCUCAUACUCCAGUAGGGACCUUUGGAGAUCAGCUGAUGCCAGUUCCCGAGCACCAGGCAGUAUUUUGUUUGUUUUUCAGUUCAUUUGGCCUGUGAGUUGAAUUCAUGCAGUGUGUAUUUUAUUUUCUGUAAAGGCGUGCAAUAGCGGCACUUUUGCAGAAUCCGGAAACACAGCUGCAUAGGCUGCCUAAGCCAAAUGCAAGCCAUUUUUAAAACUGAAAUUUUGUAGGCUCUUUUUUGACACUCGUUUUGUUUGCUGACAGCAUUUAAAGAGAACAGAAAUUUCGAAAGGAUUAAGACAAACUACUAGAAAGGAUUAAAGGCUGCAAUAUUGCACGAAGCUGUUACAAAAUUGAUAACUUUUGUCUUAUGAUUUACCUGUAAAUUAUAUGUGGCAGUCCAUUCUGAAAGUUUCCUAUUACCGAGCCCUGUAAAUAUUUGGACGUGUUGCAUUGAUGUGAAAUUACAAAACUUGUGCUAUGAUGGAAUGCCACAGUGUUGCUUUGUCCCUUUAGAAUAGAGGUUAUCCCUACUCCAUAGCAUGGCAGCAGUUGAUAGUUUCCAACUACUGUACUGGCAGAUUGCCAGGACGUGUAAUGUCUACGCUGAUGCAUUAGCUGUUCUGGGAGCGUGGUAUGUGGCAAAGAAAAGUAUCCGCUUUGUCUGCGAUUUCUACAGCAUGGUCAGACUCCAUUUCAUCCCGAGAUUGGUGAGCAGGAGAUACCUGCUCAAACACUAUGGCAAAUGGGCCAUGGUAACCGGUGCAGCAGAUGGGAUUGGUAAAGCCUAUGCCGAGGAGUUGGCUAGGCAAGGCAUUGAUCUGAUUCUUAUUAGCCAUGAUCAAAACAAGCUGGAAGCCAUGGCCACAGCCAUUACAGAAAAGUUUAACAUUGAAGUCUUCAUAAUAGAAGCUGAUUUUACUAAAGGACGGGAGACUUACCAACCAAUUCAAGAAGCUCUGAAGGAUAAGGAAAUAGGUAUUCUGGUGAAUAGUGUGGAUGUGCCCACUGAUUAUCCACAGUUUUUCUUAAAUGUUUCCGAGGAUAAACUCUGGGAACUUAUAAAUGUAAAUAUUGCUGCAACCAACAUGAUGAUUCGCAUUGUAUUACCAGGAAUGGUACAAAGGAAGAAGGGAGCUAUUGUUAAUAUUUCUUCAGGGUAUUGCUGUAAGCCUACACCACAGAUGGCCACAUAUUCAAGUACCAAGGUGUAUUUAGACCAUUUUAGCAGAGCUUUGCACUGUGAAUAUGCACCCAAAGGAAUCUUUGUUCAGAGCUUAUUGCCAUUCUCUAUAACAACUAAAGGAGCCAGGCACAGCGAUGGUCUGCAUUUCUUCUCCUGGCUAGCACCAUCAGCUAAUGUUUAUGUACGCCAUGCAAUUUCAACCCUUGGAAUAUCCAACAGGACUCCAGGUUACUGGAUGCAUUCAAUACAGUUUUUAUUUGCCCAGUACAUACCUGAAUGGCUGUGGAUAUGGGGAGCUACUCUGAUGAACAAUAGAUUGUCCAAACGUGCAACACACAAGUUGUAAACCAAAGACAUGCUGGCUGUCAGAAAACCAUCUUGAUGUACAGUACUAUUAACAGCCCAGGAGUUUGUUUAAAUAUUAAACAGAAUUGUUUAUGGUUACUGUAAGAUUUCUGUUAAAUAAUUGCUCCAUUCUGAAAUUUAUGGAAGUGACACAAACAACAUAUCACUUUUACACCUUUAAGAGCCUCAGAAUGAAAAUACUACAUGUAUAAUAAUAGUGUCAUAAUUACAGAUACCUUUGCUGUCAGCUGCUGCCAAGCUAACAGAUGCCAAGUAAACUAAUUGCCUCAGCAGGUUGAUCCAGCAAAUGGGUAAACUAUACUGGUUAACAAAUCCCAAGUUCAAAAUAAUAUACCUAAGCAAUACAUAAUCCCCCAAAUUCUGACUAUUCCAUGCUAUAUAAGUUCUAUAAGGAAAAUCUGUCGUGAAGAACCUUGGUGGGGGGGGGGGGGGGGGGGGGGGGAGGGACUGAGGGAGAGAAAUGAAUGGCCUAUAUUACUAUUGAGAAAAUAUCAGACUCCAAACAUUCCCAGAUUGUAAACCAGUGGCUUGAAAAUGUGAACAUUUACAAAUUCAUGUGUCCAUGUUGCUUGUGAAGAAAUUCAAAUUUAUGAAAUUUGUAAUAUAUAUAUAUUUCAGAAUUGCCUAUUGAGUAUCCUCUAAAGUAUGUUUAAAUAUUUGUCAUAAUUAUGUGUCUGCAUAAAGAAAGAAAUCUCUCAAGACAUUAGUUCUUGGAUCAUAAAAUAUUUGAAGACUUCACAUUUUUCAUUGACUUUUUCUUUACAUUUGAUGUCUUUGGAAUUUAAUAUGUAGUUAAUAUUUUACCAGUUUUGUCAGUCAACUUAAUUGUCAUUUUGGAAAAGCUUUAUUCAUGUACGCUGAAUGAUGUUUGCAAAGUGAUAUUGUUCUGAUUCUGUGGUGCUUUUGGCUGAUUUUGCAUACAAGUGAUCAAUACCACAUUGAGGCACUCGUAAGUGUUAAAAAAGGUUUAAAUUGUUAGAGUUUGUAACAGCCACCUUGAAUGAGGAACUCUUCAGUUCAUGUAUGAGACCUUGCCAGUACAUCAACCUGACUGAUUUUUCUUAUGGCUUUUAACAAUGUUGCCAAAUAUCUGUGUCCCUUCAAAUCAUACUAAGUAGGCAUUGAGCACUGAUCAACAAAUAAAGUGAUGGUAGGAUGUUAUAACCAUAAUUUGUUUUAUUGUAUGCUGUGUGCAAUUUUUGAAUUGAUUUACUAUACUAAUUGGAAAAUGCAACAUUUUUUGAUUAUCUGUUGGUGUUAAAAAUCUGGUGUAGUAUUUGUCGCAAAAAGUGGAAUCUAUUAAAAUCAGUAUUCUGAUUGCACAAUUUGGUCAUGUCACAGUUUGGUGGUUUCUGAUGUAUGUCAGUAAAGAAGAUGCGAAAAGGGGUAAUGUUAUAUUUUCAUAUUUAAAAAUAAAU